AUGGGCGACUCAGCCCGCGUGGUAACGGCUGCGGUAAAUCCCGUGGGAGAGCAGAGGGCCCGGUGGGGCAGGAAGCGCAGCCGGGCGGCCAAGGAGCUGCUGCAAAGCGAGCACAGGUACCUCGAGCAGCUGGACCUGGUGCUCACCUUCUUCGUGACAAUUUUAAAGGCCAAAGGGACGCUCAAGCCUGCUGUGCUGGAAACCAUAUUUGGACCCCUAGAAUCCAUAUACUCGGCCAGCCAGGUUUUCUCACUUCACCUGGAAAGAGGGAAUUUGGAACUAGGACUGGAAAACUUAUGUCAGAAGCUGGAGCUUUAUGGCCACUAUUCUGAGAAUUUGGAGCAGGCAGAUAAAGCCUUGAAGGAGCAGCUGAGGAAGAACAAGUCGUUUCGACACUUUAAGAAACUCCAGGAGUCCCGACCUCAGUUUCAAGGGAGGAAGCUGGAGGAUCUGCUUCCUUUGCCCCUGCAGAGGUUGCACCAGUACAAACACUUUCUCAGAGACCUGCUGGAGAACACGAGCCCAGACAACACGGAGCACCAGAAACUUGCAAAGGCUGUGAAGUGUGUUUCUGAGGUAUCUCGAUGGGUCCAAGACGUCACUCGUAAGAGAGAGAACUCCCUGCAACUACUUCGAGUUCAGAAACUGCUCAAAGGGCAGAAGACCAAGGUGCUGGCACCAGGGCGCUGGUAUAUCCGGGAAGGCUGGUUGUUGGUGGUGCCUUCAAAGGGAGAAGAACUGAAGCCCAGGAUGUUCUUUCUUUUUUCUGAUAUCCUUAUUGCAACGAGGCCCUGCCAUCCGCUGCACUUGUUAAACUCGAACAAAUUCACGUGCCAGGCUGUCUAUCCACUUCAGGAGUGCACUGUGGAGAAAGUGUUCGGCCACACACAGAGCCAGGGAGGGCUUCUCAGUCUUUCCUUUCCACACAAGACACUUUUGUUGAUGUCCACCGAUCAACAAGAUAUUAAUGACUGGUAUCAGAGCCUCAAAGCUGCAGUCAGGCAGCUGAAAGCCUGACCCACUGGAGUACAUGACAAUCCAACAGGACGUCCUCCCCUCAUGGUGAAGCCUCUGCAGCCUUACAAACUGCUACCUGUAGCAGAACAACUGCAUUCAGAGGGACUAUGCACGGUGCUCGUGAAACUGAGGGCUUCGUCAGCUGUUCUGAUCUCAACACACAUAUCAAAAAAACCCAUAUGCACAAUAAGAAUCUGUAUAUUAAGAAUUUUUAUCCAGACU